CUGACUGUACCAUACUGUACACUCUUAAAAUCUUGAUUCCUCUUUACUAUAGUUCCAGAUUCGUACCCAAAUAUCAAUAAAAUUUCUAAUUAAAUUCCUUAAAUUUUCUUGAAUUCCAAUUUAAGGAUGUAAUAUCUAAUGAUGAUUCCGAAUUAAAUCCCAGCAAAUUAUUAUUUCGAAAAAAAAGAGGGUUCAUGUUAAUGUUCUGUAAGAAGAAAGAAAAACGGACAAAACCACCGUUGUGUGUAUGGGGUGUGUCUGUUUCUCGACAGAUCUCCAUAUCUUUCUCUCUCUCUCUCUAAAAACACUGUCGUUAUCGCGAAAGAGAAUCAUGCGAGAUAGAUCUCUCUUUCAUUAUACCUACAACAAGAUUUGAUUUAAACGGAUCCCAUGCUUUGUUUUUCAGCUCAGGUGACUUCCAUUACUCUCCUCCUAACUUCAUUUUUAUUCUAGGGUUUUUGCAGAGUAAGAAGCUUCAAGGUUUCUUCACAUUUCUGGAUUUUUCAGCUGCAUUGUGCAUGUUUUCAAUUCUAUCCUAGUCCUUGAGCUAUUUGUUUGUGAGAAUUUGUAAUUAUUGGUUGCUGGUUUUCGGAUCAAUCGAUUAAGAAUUUUUGUUUUCAAAAGGAUGCAUGUUUGUUUGGUAUUCUCUGAAGCACAUGAGAUUCUUGAUAACUGGUGAUGUAUGAGUUGUUGUUAGUAUGAUGAGUUUUCUAUUUUUUCUCCGAGACAGUGUAAAAUGAUGCCGGGGAAUGUGUUUAUCUUCUGAUCAUGACUAGAGCUAUUAUACAUGGUAGAUUUGUCAAAGAUGAAAAUGAGGGUAUCAGUGACCAUCUUCGCAACCACGUACAUUUGACGAAUUGUAUUCACUUGAAGAACCAUAUGCAUAGACAAAGCCCCAUCUUGGCCGAAAGGUCGCUUAUGAGGGAUUUGAUUGUUCUUCAGAGAUCAAGGUCGCUUAGAGAUCCUUCUACUAGUCCUCCUUCAUGGCAUUCUCCUUCCAUUGUUGAAUCUAUGUCUAGGAAACUUGAAAAGGAAUCAGCAGAUGGGAGGAGAAGGUCUGUUGGUCAUGAACGGCGAAAGGAGGAAGCUAAAAGAUUGUCUGGGGAUUCACCAACUAUAGGGACAUCAAAAGUUGGUGCGGAAGAUGUAACCAAGGGUGGUGUCAGCGAUGGUAGGUUUAGUUUUAGUGGUAGUCUGAAUGGAGUUCAAGAUGGGGGAGGAGAAAUUAGGGGAGAAGGGUCCAGUCAUAGGAGACGCAAAAGCGAACAAUCUGCUGGUAUAGAGGAGUCUCCGGUAGAUGGUCAGAAUUCUGUUCUGGUUACAGGGAAAGUAGAUGGAAAAGAGAAGAGGAUGGUUAGAAGAGGGAAGCAAAAUCAAAAUGUCUAUCUGAAAACUCUUUCUGAACAGCUGAACGAAAUGUCUGUGGACAGUGAUGUUGGACAAACUUCUCACAUUCGCCAUGAUGGAAGAUGCAGACGGCAUGAGAAAAUCAACGAGGAACCAGAAGCAAGCAAUCGUAGUUAUCGCAAUGAGUUAAGCAGGGUGAAAAAGCGUAGGUUUCGUGGUGUGAGGAGACCUAGGACUUCUGCCGGAUCAAGAGAUUUUGGACUUCACAAUGAAUUGUCAGUCGCUUCUAAUCCAUUAGCACACGGCUCGAACCAUCGGAGGCAUUAUGUGGAUGACGGAGAGGAAGAGAGAAGACAGACGAGCAUGGAUGUUUCGGGAGGUCCUAGAAAUGGUUGUGGGAUUCCCUGGAAUUGGUCUAGAAUUCAUCAUAGAGGUAAAACAUUUCUAGACUUGGCAGGUAGGAGUUUAUCAUGUGGGCUGUCUGAAUCCAGGUUAAGAAGAGAAGGCUCCCUUCCUGAAGGUAGGGAUGAUUUAGAUAUGGCUGUGGGAUCUGAAUCCUCAAGUCCGUCUGCUAAUUUUCAUGCUGAAGCAGCACCAUUGCUAGUUGAAAGAUCCGGAUCCCAGGGGAGCAGUGAUAAUCCUGCUUGGGUACAUGAUUACUCUGGCGAGCUAGGAAUAUUUGCUGAUCAUGGUUUAAAGCGUGACGCUGACUCUGACUUUGUUUCUGAAGCUAGAUCUGGUCACAAGACCUUGAGAGGAUCCCAUGGUAGACAUCAAAGUCUAACGCAAAAGUUCAUGCCUAGGACCUUCAGAGAUCUAGUGGGGCAGAACUUGGUAGCACAAGCUCUUUCAAAUGCAGUUUUGAAGAGAAAAAUUGGUUUUCUAUAUGUGUUUUAUGGUCCUCAUGGCACUGGUAAAACUUCUUGUGCUCGAAUAUUUGCCAGAGCUUUGAUUUGCCAAGCUUCAGAGCAUCCAAAACCUUGCGGUGUCUGCAAUUCGUGCAUUGCACAUGAUCUGGGUAAGAGUAGAAAUGUGAGAGAGGUUGGCCCAGUUGGUAACUUCGACUUUGAGAGUAUUAUGGAUCUUCUUGAUAGUAUGAAUAUGUCCCAACUGCAAUCCCAGUAUCGAGUGUUCAUUUUCGAUGAUUGCGAUACCUUGCCUUCUGAUUCUUGGAAUGCUAUCUCAAAGGUCAUUGAUAAAGCACCUGGACGUGUCGUUUUUAUCCUUAUCAGUGCAAAUCUUGAUCAUUUGCCCCACAUAAUCAUAUCCAGGUGCCAGAAAUUCUUUUUCCCAAAAUUGAAGGAUGCAGAUAUCAUCUAUACAUUGCAGUGGAUUGCAUCAAAAGAAGGCUUAGAAAUCGACAAGGACGCGCUAAAACUCAUUGCAUCAAGGUCAGAUGGAUCUUUAAGGGAUGCUGAGAUGACUCUUGAGCAGCUGAGUUUGCUUGGUCAGAGGAUCUCCGUUCCCCUAGUCCAGGAGCUUGUUGGUUUGAUCUCUGACGAGAAAUUGGUAGAUCUACUUGAUUUGGCAUUGUCAGCAGACACUGUGAACACUGUCAAAAAUUUAAGAGAGAUUAUGGAAGCCGGGGUAGACCCAUUGGCAUUGAUGUCACAGCUUGCCACGGUAAUAACUGAUAUUCUCGCUGGAAGUUACAUAUUCACCAAGGAAAGGCUAAGGCGGAAGUUUUUUCGCCGACUAACAUUGUCCAAGGAAGAUAUGGAGAAACUGCGUCAAGCUCUAAAAACAUUGUCUGAAGCUGAAAAACAACUUAGAAUGUCAAAUGACAAAUUAACAUGGCUAACAGCUGCCUUGCUUCAACUUGCUCCUGAUAAGUUGUAUAUGUUACCUGGUUCUUCUGCUGAUACAAGUAUUACCCACAGUCCUUUGAGCCGAAGUAACCUUAAUGGGAGGGAUAUGACCGGGAGAUGUGCAGCUGAGCACGCUCAGACAUCUAACAGUGGUCUGGGCUUGUCUACCAGUACUAGGUUGCGAGAUUUCCAAGCUGGAAGUGGGUCUGAUUUUAAUCAUGACACUGCUAAGGUAAAUGGAAGUGUUACAGAUGGAAAGAAACAUGCUGGGAUGACUCCUCAAAGGAAAUCCGAUGCAAGUAGGGGAAGUGCUGGGUAUACUUCUGGUAAAGACCGCAAAGAAAUAGAAGAUAUUUGGUUGACUGUGCUUCAGAAGAUUGAUAUCGAUGCCCUAAGACAGUUCAUGCACCAAGAAGGAAGGCUGGUCUCUGUGAGCUAUGGUGCAGCUCCAACCGUGCUGUUGAUGUUCAGUUCUCAUCUGAACAAGUCCAAGGCAGAGAGGUUCAGUGGGAGCAUCUUACAGGCGUUUGAAUCUGUUCUUCAGUCUCCUAUCACACUGGAGAUGAGAUGUGAACAAAGGAAAGAUGUGAGAGGGAAAUUACCAGCUUUUGAGGAUGGCUCUUCUGGAACGGUCACGCGCCAAGAGUCCCUUCCAAAUAAUAGUAUGAUUAGCAUCUCAAAAGCAGGGUAUGAAAGAGAUAAAGCUCUUAAAGGAGGUGGGUCUAGGCAUGUCCAUUUGUCGCCCUUGAAUCCCGUUGAGAUAUCAAAGAACGAAAUUGUUGAAAUAGAAGGUUCAUCGAGGGGGCCUGAGGGAACUGAACGUUCAGGAAACACCGAAAAGAUUAAAGGAAAAGGCUUGAAAAGUGGGUCGAGUGGAGAAACACCACCAGCUAAUCAGAAAUCUACAUUGUAUUCGGUCCCAGAAGGGAGAAAAAUUAGAGAACAUCCUCAAAGCCAGAGUAUUGUAAAAAGCAAGGUAUCCUUGGCGCAUGUAAUUCAAGCAGAUGGAUCACAACGAAAUGGGUGGACAAGGCGUAAAGCUAUUUCAAUUGCUGAGAAGCUUGAACAAGAGAACUUGAGAUUGGAACCCAAAUCAAGAAGCUUACUUUGCUGGAAAGCAUCAAGAUUAACUCGAAGAAAGCUAUCACGUUUCCGAAUCAGGACGCGGAGACCGCGCUCCCUAUUGAAGCUCGUCCCCUGUGGUAGAUAUCUUUCUGAUAAAUCUCCUAGGUAAAUUAUUUCAUUUUGUCUAGACAUAGGUAUGUGUUAGCUGUAAAGGCUUUUCUGUGUCUCUGCAGUUGUCUCCCUUGUAUUUAUUCAUGCUUCUCUGCUGUUCACGAAGUCGAUUGUGUCAGCCUGUGUACCUUUUAAUAAAGUAAAUUUUUAUGCUGACCAGAAAAUGUUUAAAUGCAAAAGUAAAUUUGAAGUUGUUGAACAAA